AUGAAGACUCACUAUAAGUUCUGCAUCCUCAUUGGCCUGAUGAUGACCGUAAAUUCAGGUCCAAUAUCACGACAACCUGAGGAAGAUGAUGCUUUUGUAGAGAGUUACUUGAAGAAAUUCUACAACCUGACCGAGCAGACUGGGACUGCGUCCAAAGGGAGGUUUAGUCAGAUGAGUCUCAAAAUAGCAGAGAUGCAGAAGUUUUUUGGACUUACAGUCACAGGAACUAUGGACUCGGAGACACUAAACGUGAUGAAGAAGCCUCGCUGUGGAGUUCCAGAUGUUGCUCAGUACUCUACGUUUGGUGAGGGUCUCAAAUGGAAGACCAAUGAACUGACAUACAGGAUUGAGAACUACACUCCUGACAUGACUGCGGCUGAAGUGGACGACUCCAUCGAGAAAGCUCUGCAAGUCUGGGCUCGUGUCACUCCUCUGAGGUUCACCCGCAUCUACAGCGGCACAGCUGACAUCAUGAUCUCCUUUGGGGCAGGAUCCCACGGUGAUUUCUACCCCUUUGAUGGACCAGACGGCACUCUGGCUCACGCUUUUGCUCCAUCUGCUGGCAUUGGAGGAGACGCACACUUUGAUGAGGAUGAAAAUUUCACCUUCCGUUCAACUAAUGGCUACGUUCUGUUCCUGGUGGCUGCUCAUGAGUUUGGCCACUCGCUGGGUCUGUCUCACUCCAGUGACCCGGGUGCCCUCAUGUAUCCUAUGUACAGCUAUAGAGAUCCAAAUUCAUUUGUUCUGCCCAAAGAUGAUGUCAAUGGAAUUCAGUCUCUCUAUGGUUCAAACACUGAUGUGAUCCCAGACAAGCCUGACCCCACACCUCCAGUUACACCUAAUGCCUGUGACCCUAAUCUCGUCCUGGAUGCUGUUACAACACUGCGAGGGGAGAGGGUCUUCUUCAAGAAUAGCUUCUUCUGGCGUGUUUCAACAAACAACAAGGCUGAACAACAUCUGAUCCAGAGUUUCUGGCCUGAUGCUCCAGACAAUAUUGAUGCUGCCUAUGAGAAUACAGCACAAGACAAAAUAUUCCUCUUCAAAGAUCAGAAGGUCUGGGCUCUCUACGGUUAUGACAUUGUGCAGGGGUAUCCUAAGAGCCUCAGCAGUGUGGGGCUUCCCUCUACAGUGAAGAAAAUCAGUGCUGCCCUUUAUGAUCCUGACACUGGAAAGACCCUGUUCUUUGUUGACAACAAAUACUACAGUUAUGAUGAAAAAAGGAAAGUGAUGGACAAGGGUUCCCCUAAACUGGUGGGAAAGAGAUUCCCAGGAGUUACUGGAAAAAUUACUGCAGCUUUCCAGUACAGGGGUUUUACCUACCUCUUCAGUGGAACACGCAUGUUUGAGUACAGCACCUCAAGCAAGAAAGUCUUACGUGUGCUUAAUAAUAAUUACUUCUUGCCGUGCUAAUGCUUCUUGUGUGUAUGUUACUGAGACAGUAGCAUGGAAAAAUCAAAACAACAGAGUAAAUAAUUAGUCUUUUAUUGACUAUUUUCAUUGAUAGUAAAAAUUAAAAAUGUUUUAACUUUUUAAAACGUGUUUUCUUUAUCUUUAAUGGCCCCGUUGCUCUGUCUCAGU